AAUCAUAGCUUCGAAAUCCAUCGCCUCUCCAAAGCCAAACUCUUCUCUUUCGCCACGCCGGCGUAUCAUGGCUUUAAUCACCCGAACCACAGCCAAUCGACUCCCCCACCUGCUCUACGCUCAGCGUGCCCUCUCUAUUCACACCACUACCCCUUCUCUGUCCUCCUCCGCCACGCCAUCUACAUACGCCCGCCCUUCUCCGCCGUCAACCUCUGGCCCUCCCACCGGGCUCUCUAAGCCUGCCGAAUACGUGAUCUCCAAGGUCGAUGACCUCUUGAACUGGGCCCGUCGUGGGUCCAUCUGGCCCAUGACCUUCGGUCUCGCUUGCUGUGCGGUCGAAAUGAUGCACACCGGCGCUGCUCGCUACGACUUCGAUCGCUUCGGUGUCAUUUUCAGGCCCAGCCCUCGCCAAUCCGAUUGCAUGAUUGUUGCCGGCACCCUUACCAACAAAAUGGCCCCUGCUCUCCGCAAGGUAUACGACCAAAUGCCUGAGCCAAGGUGGGUUAUUUCCAUGGGAAGCUGUGCAAAUGGAGGUGGAUACUACCACUACUCAUACUCGGUUGUGAGAGGUUGUGAUAGAAUUGUCCCCGUUGACAUCUAUGUUCCCGGUUGUCCACCCACCGCAGAGGCAUUACUGUAUGGAGUUCUUCAAUUGCAGAAGAAGAUCAACAGGCGCAAGGAUUUCCUCCACUGGUGGUCCAAGUAAGGAUAUCAUGAGCUGUUUCCGGGAUAUUUGCAAAGAGUAUGCAGUGUGAAGGACUAUUAAAUAAAUCAAUACUCUAGUGAAAUGCCAUGUAGAAGCUUUAGAACAUAAAAGUCAAUGAGGUUUCUAUUUCUUGUAUGGUGACUAUACUUCAUGUAAUAAUUGGAACUUCAGUUUCCUUGGACCGAUCAUCAUGAUUUUGUUCAGAGGAUGUUUUAUUUGCUGUUUUGAAUUUAAAUGGGUAUGCAAUUUGAAUAAUUUCA